AUGCCGAGUCGCCGCGUACCGCCUGAGAGGCGCAAGCGCACCGAGAUCAGUUGUGACAAGUGCAAGUCAAGGAAGCAAAAAUGUCACAGACCACCAGAGACGCCGGAGGGUUUGGAACAUGCGCCGUGCCGGUACUGCCAAUCACAUGGCUUCGAGUGUGUCACUACGCAACUGCGGAAGAAGCGCAUGUUCACGUCUGUGGAAGGCUUGGGGACGCGGCUCAGCCUCCUCGAAAGCCUCGUCAAGGGUCUUGUACCCGAGGUGGACACGAAUGACCUGGACGGCAUGCGGGCUUUGGGGAACUCGCUGGGGAUCCCGCUGCCGCCGCCCGAGGCGUCGCCAGUGAUGAUUGACCCCGAGGAGAGCGUCGAGCAAGCGACCCGCGCCCAGCAGGAGGAGAUUCCGGUGCUGCGCGACCAGCAGGGCCAGACCCAGUACAUAGGGCCGGCGAGCAGCUAUGUGCUCCAGAUACGGAUCAGAUCGCUCUUCAAUGGUGGGCAACCACAGAACCAAGGCCAAUUCUUCCUGUUUGGCAGCAAUCCCACCGAAAAGGCCUGGGUCAGCGAGGUCACCGAUCUGGGAAGAGAGAUGAGCGCAGGCCGGAGUCCGCAUACGAAUAUCUCCGGGGCGUCGCCGGCGGGCGUCGACAGCGCAAACCCGCUGGGUCCAUCGCCGGCCCCUACCAUGCAUGAUGUGGUUGACGGCGUAGUGCCAGAUACCCUGGUUGCGGCGUACUUUGACCGCAUACAUGCCGAUUUCCCGGUGCUUCACGAGGCGUCCUUCCGAGAAGAGUACGAGCGUUGCAGCCUGGACCCGGCGUUGCUGACGACGGAAGCCGACCCGACCUGGAUAUGCAGCCUCUUGUGCGUCCUUAUACUGGCACGACGAACAGCAUCCGUAGAUGCAUUGUCGCUCAAGCAGGGACAGGACGCUGAGGAUCGUUGGUGGCGAAAGGUCCAGGCCCUCCUUCCGAGCGUCAUCUUCACGUCUAGCGUCUCUGCGGUGCAGGCCUUGCUUCUUGCCGCACUCCACCUGAACAACACCAACCACAGAGAUUCAAGCUGGACGCUGACGGGGACUGCGGUCCGCAUCGCGAUUGCCAUAGGCUUGCAUCGAGAGGCCAAGGCCCCCUUACAUACACCUUUGGCUCGCGAGCUACGGAAACGCGUGUGGUGGACCCUGUAUCAGUUCGAGCUCAUGCAAGCUGCGUCUCUGGACCGCCCGAGCGCCAUCGACGAUGCCGCGUGCUCUGCGGGGACUCCCCGUCAAGCAAUCCUUGAUAUGGGCUCAUCCGACAGCAUGGCUUACUCGAACCGCCUGCUGGUCUUGUUAUCAGAGGCUUGCCGAGUUGUGCGGACCAUCAACAACACAAGCGAUGUAGGCGAAGAGCCAUACAGCGGACCGCUUUCCCCUGCCGCCGGCCUUGUGCGGGACUUGCGACGCUGGAAAGAGAGCCUGCCUCGGCAUCUCUGCCUGGAAGCUGUAAGCGGCCAACAGCCGUCCUCACAGAGAGCGAUUAUUCUACUCCAUGUGCAGUACCACCAUGUGCUCUGUGUGCUCUCACGGACGGCACUCAUCGGCCUCGCCGGCCGCCUAUUCGCCAACGACCAACCCGCGCCGCAGCCGGCGCAAAGCGACUCGAAGACCCUCUCCGACAUAUGCGCUGAAGCUGCGCAAGAUUCCAUCCGCCUGCUGCUGAGACUAGACAGCAUCGGCGGGUUCGACUCGGUGACGUGGUGGGACUUCUACUUUUUCUAUGCCGCUGCGCUGGUCCUGGUUCUCAGCAUCAUCUGUGAAGCCAAGCAGCUGGGCCUCAAUCCCGCAUAUCGAUCUCGCUGGCUGGAUACAUCGCGGUUGCUACUGGCGGCGUCUGCUGAGUUGUCUGCCCGCGUCCAGCAGAACCCUCUGGUUCCGGGCACCACGCGACGAUAUGCCAUCGUCAUCGAGGAUCUCAACAACAAGAGCCGCAACUUUACGGGCGGGAACCAUGAUGCCCCCGUACCGGCCAAGCAGGAGCCCGAAGCGCCCACCGCGAGCGCUUACCCAACUCUCGAAAGCGCUCAGCCAGUCAACAUGGAGCCUAGCCAGGUCAUGCCCGAUGCUCCACAGGUGCUUCCGCAGCAGGGGAUAUACAUGUCGCAGGGGCCGGCCGGGGUUCAGUUCUCGCCGGACUUCUCCGGAAACUUCGGCUUCCCGGAUUCAUCGUGGGGUUGGAGAGAGGGCCAGUGGAACGAUAUUGCUGCCAUGCUGCUAGGCAACGAGUAUGGGGCAGCCCACCCGCAAUGA